UUUUUCAUAAGCAAUUAUAAAAUUUUUUAAGAACUACUUUGUUCUUUGUGAUCAAUCGAAAGGGAUAAUAGAAAGAAAAUGUUUUUUGUAUACAAACUGAAUUGACGUUCUCUGAUAAGACGGCGCACGAUCAGCUGUUUGUGAACUAUUGUGAAUAACAACAAAAUUAUUUGCUAUUGGAUUAUUGAAAUAUUAAAACCAUUAGUGGAACAGCAAGUGGAAGGAAGCAUCGUUAGCCCCAGAGAAGGAUCAAACGCUCUAAGGAAAUGAAAAGACGUGUUAUUGUAAAGAAGUUGCAUAAACGGUAAUGCUUUGGCUAAAGCGGUGGAGAAUUAAAAAGAUGUUUUAUUUUUAACAUUACAUCAGAUUUGUGCUUGUCAACCUAUACCUACUAUGUAUGUAGAUGUUACCACUAAAACAAUUUUCUACUAACAAAUAUAUUUGUAUAUAUUACUGCAUCUUCAUAAGUAUUAUUUGCGUCUGAAUAUAUAAAUAUCCAGCUAAUUGAUACAACGAUGGGCGUGGAGAAAAAGAUUACGGCCAACAAUUCUAAAAGGUCCAUUGAUGAUGGUUCGCCUUUAAAAUAUACGUACACCGGCCGCAUGUUGGAACUAAUUGAGGCUUAUAAUGUUGCCGUACAAAUUUUAUAUCCAAAAUACCCAUGGUACAUAUUUCCAGGACAUCUGAUCUGUGCAAUUUAUAACCGAUACAUGAAAUUUUACAAGGGUAAACAUCGUUUGGUACCGUUACCAAAUGCUUUAUACGAACUUUUAAUUGGCAAAGAGCUUAUAAAAACGGAGCACAUUGCCUUCGCAUCACAAGAUCUCUGUAAUGAGUAUGUAGAAUCAACAGAUGUAAAUUUUGUCAAUUUGAUUAUAAAUGCCGAAAGCGCUCUACAUAGCACAUCCACAAAGACUAAUGCGAAAGCUAAGAGUUUGAAUCCUGCGUCUGACGAUGUCAUUAAGAAAAUGCUUAGCAGUGCACCGCAUACAAUUGUCGCACAGAUACUGCCAACUGUUAACAGUCAAUCGAAUUGUAUAUUUGUUAAAGAGAAUUUCUAUUCUAAUUUAAUGGAUCGGUUUCGUGUCACCAACGAUUGCAGCCAUCGAACACGGUUCUGGGUGCAUUUAGAACAUUUAAACGAGGAUCAAACGAUUCCAAGCAUAGCCAGUAAAGCGCACAUUUAUUUGUUAAACAGUCCAUACGAUUUGCCUGCCGAAGUGUCCGAGUUAAUACUCAAUAAUUAUUUCAACACGCCUCGACUACUGCACCGUGGACACACUUAUCGUAUUGAGGUUGAUGCUCAACUGGUCGGCACUGCUGCGUAUGCACAUUACUAUUUAAUUUUCGCUUAUUUGAAAUGUGUUUAUUUCCGAUGUGCACAUCUUGAGGUAAAAGGCAAUGAUUUUGAGAUGCAAGCGAUUGUUGCUAAGAAUUUCACCAACCUGGUGCAAGUGCCACACACACAUCACUUUCUACCACGACAGCUUUUGGACAAUAUAGCAAUUACGGAAAAUUAUCCCACUGGCCUGAGACGUACAUAUAAUUUGCUACGGAACUCAAUUGAUGCUUUUUUGCCCAAGAAGUCUGCAUGUUUGUCCUCCAAGCAUAUCUAUCCGCUAUUUCUCUUGCAAGGCGAUAGGGGCGCCGGUAAAACAAAACUAACGAAUGCAAUUGCUCAGGAAUUAGGACUACAUGUGUAUGGCGUGGACUGUGCUGAAAUAGUAUCACAAGUGCCAUCUCAUACAGAAAUGAAAUUAAAAGCUGUUUUCGCCAAAGGUAGCAUUAGUGAACCACUACUUAUAUGCUUUCACAAUUUCGAGAUAUUUGGCAUUGAUAAUGAGGGAAAUGAAGAUUUACGUUUAUUAUCCGCAUUUCAAGUACAAAUUCAAGAACUUUUUGCACACGAUCGCAAGCACCCAAUUGUCAUUGUCGCUUUGACUAAUGAAAAAUUUCUCAAACCCAUGAUUCAACGAAUUUUCUUGGAAGUUAUACACUUGGAGACGCCAACCAAGGACGAACGCUAUAACAUUUUGUGUUGGUUACACACGCGUGAAAUGGUCAACCAUAAGAUUUUCAAUAAAAAGGAGAUUCCAUCUCUACCACUAUUCAGUUUAGAGCAGCGCGAUCGCUAUAUGACACAAAUCUCUGAGAAAUGGUUGAAUGUUAAAUCACUUUUGCGCGAAGUUGCUGACAAAUCACAAGGUUUUUUACUGGGUGAUUUGGAAAUGUUAUAUGAAAAUGCAAUCCGUGCAUUGCGCAAAAGUCGAGAGUAUAAAUCCAACUCCUGCCUUAAGUUAGUGCACUUCUCCACACAUCUUAGUGAAAUGCAAAAUUCGUUUGCAAAUAGUCUUGGUGCACCUAAAGUACCCAAAGUACUUUGGUCUGACAUUGGUGGACUUUCCAAAAUUAAAGAUGAGAUACAGAGUAGCAUCGGUUUACCAUUGAAACACAUGCAUUUAAUGGGUAAGAAUUUAAGACGUUCGGGCAUAUUACUUUACGGUCCACCCGGAACAGGCAAAACAUUGGUUGCCAAAGCAGUUGCGACUGAAUGCAAUAUCAGUUUUUUGUCAGUGCAGGGGCCUGAGCUACUAAAUAUGUAUGUUGGACAAAGUGAACAAAACGUACGUGAGGUAUUUGAACGCGCUCGUUCAGCAGCACCGUGUGUACUAUUUUUAGAUGAACUUGAUUCAUUAGCACCUAAUCGCGGAGUUGCUGGUGAUUCUGGAGGUGUUAUGGAUCGAGUUGUAUCACAACUACUUGCCGAAAUGGAUGCUCUGGGUGAUGCUACAAAACCAGUUUUCAUCUUGGCUGCCACAAAUCGACCCGAUCUUAUUGACCCAGCAUUACUGCGUCCAGGUCGUUUUGACAAGCUUUUCUUUGUUGGCCCAUGUUCAACAACCGGUGAUAAAGCUGCUGUUCUCCGCGCUCAAACGCACCGUUUUAACUUAGCUAAAAAUCUUGAUUUAAAUGACAUUGCUGAAAAUCUUAAAGGCGACAUGUCUGGUGCAGAUUUAUAUUCGAUUUGUUCGAAUGCUUGGUUAUCAGCAGUUAGACGUACUGUUGAUAACCAUCUUAAAGAAAAUACGGGUAUUGCUGCUGAACUUCUUGCAGCUGAUAGGGUGCUUGUGGAGAUGGACGAUUUUACGAAAUCUUACAGCAAAUUUGUACCGUCAAUUAGUAAAAGUGAUUUGGAUUAUUUUAAUCAAUUGAAAUCGUCAUACGGUGUAUAAACUUUUGUGAAUAUUGAUUGGUUCAUUUUAUUUAUUAAAUAUGGUUCAAUUUGUUAACGUUCAAUAAAAA